CGAAAAACCCUAAUCAAUCAGUAAACCCCUUCCCAUAAAUCCGUAAACCAGUUCCAUUUCUUUCCCCAGUCCCCACUUCUCUCCAUCCGCCGCCGAGCUCUGCCGCCGCCGUCGUCUUCCCAUCCCUUCUUGUUUUCGUCGCCGUUGCCUUCACGUCGUGCUUACAUCCACCCGUCGCGAUCCUCUUCCAGUUCCGGCCGUCGCGGGUAUUUUUAUUCUUCCGCCCGUCUCGUUCUAGUACCGUCGCCUUCCAGUUUCUGUUAACUAGUACCCGUGGCCAUGGCGAUGAGGGCGGCAGCGUUGGCAGCUCCCGGAGGUUUGCGGCGGCUCUUCUGCACAAACACGACGAAGCCAUCUUUGAGCUUCCCCUUCAUUCCGCCUCCACAGGCGGGGGCGCAGCCAGCUCGGCCUAUGGCGGAACCCAACACCAACCUCUUCGUCUCUGGGCUUAGCAAACGUACUACUUCAGAGAAGUUGAGAGACGAAUUUGCAAAGUUUGGUGAAGUUGUUCACGCAAGGGUGGUAACUGACCGAGUAUCAGGUUACUCUAAGGGGUUUGGUUUUGUGAAGUAUGCCACUCUAGAAGAUGCUGCAAAGGGCAUCGAGGGCAUGGAUGGCAAGUUUUUGGAUGGCUGGGUUAUCUUUGCUGAGUACGCAAGGCCAAGACCUCCGCCGGGACAACCUGAAAACAAUAUGCCACCUCAAUAUGGGCGGCAGUGAUAUCAGUUAUAAGAUUCUUGUGCCCGGUUGAAUUGGUUCAGUAUAAGUUGUUGCGAAUGCAAAAAAAGCACAGAAGUAUUAUUUAUGAGGGCAGGGACACGUGGGUGUUCUUUUUAAUUACCUAUAAAAGUUUUAGAUUAUUGUAAUGGGAGAUUCACCUUCCAGGACAUUGUUAUAAUGCAAUGGUUCUCUUCCAACAGUACUGAAAACAUUAUGAUUCAUGUGGUUAUGAUUGAUCUGAAGUAACAUGGCUUUAGUUACAGGGUGUUGGUGCUGAUGUUUCGAGUUAUUUGGAUGCGCACAAGAUAUAACGGUGGUGAUGGUAAAGUAUAAGCAUGCGAUUGCAUUAUUUUGUAGAGUAAAGUGACAUAAAUAUUUGAAGAUUUAUACUUCGGACAGAUUAGUGUUUAAAGAAAAAAAAAUACUAAUAAAGUCCUUAAAAAUAGUAGGCGUAGGCAUACUAUUUUUAAAUUAGCUCUUAUGAUGAAAAUAGAAUGUCUUAAUUUAAAUUAAUUUGUCCAUAUUUAUUAUUUUGGAGGAUUUUUAUUGGUAUUUUUUUAAUAGACUAAUCUGUCUGAAAUAUAAAUUU